UACUUCCAAUUUCAGCCAGGCUGGGAGACCCAGGAAAGUCCAGACUUAGCAUGGAGCAGGGACUCAGGAGCGUCCCAGCCUGGAAGCUGGACAAGUUCAUAGAGGAUUACCUCCUUCCCGACACCACCUUUGGUGCUGAUGUCAAAUCAGCCGUCAAUGUCGUGUGUGAUUUCCUGAAGGAGAGAUGCUUCCAAGGUGCUGCCCACCCAGUGAGGGUCUGCAAGGUGGUGAAGAGUGGCUCCUUUGACAGUGACACAGACAUUAAGGACACAACAGAAGUCAACAUCACAGUCUUUUUAAAAGGUCUCAAUUGUUAUAAAGCAGUGUAUAAGUGUCAGGGAGAGUUCCUGAAGGAAAUUAAGAAACAGCUGUGCAAACUACCAGGGGAGAAAAAGUUUCAAUUGCAUUAUGAAGUUCAGAAUCCAGAGGAGCCCAGCCCCCUGUUUCUGAGCUUCAAGCUGAGCUCCCCUGAGCUGCAGCAGGAGGUGGAAUGUAGAGCGUGGCUAGUCCGUAAAGUCCUGGGUCAAGUUCAUACUUGCAGCAAGCCCGAUCCCAUAAUCUACGCCAUCCUCAUCUGGGAAUGUACCUCCCUGGGGAAGGAUGGCGAGUUCUCUACCUGCUUCACGGAGCUCCAGCGGAACUUCCUGAAGCAGCGCCCAGCCAAGCUGAAGAGUCUCAUCCGUCUGGUCAAGCACUGGUACCAACUGUGUAAGGAGAAGCUCGGGAAGCCACUGCCCCCACAGUAUGCCCUGGAGCUGCUCACUGUCUUUGCCUGGGAACAAGGGAAUGGAUGUCAUGAGUUCAACACAGCCCAGGGCUUCCGGACCGUCUUGGAACUGGUCACGAAGUACCAGCACCUUCGAAUCUACUGGACAAAGUAUUAUGACUUUGAACACAAGGAGGUCUCCAAAUACCUGCACAGACAGCUCAGAAAAGCCAGGCCUGUGAUCCUGGACCCAGCUGACCCGACAGGGAAUGUGGCCGGUGGGAACCCAGAGGGCUGGAGGCGGUUGGCUGAAGAGGCUGAUGUGUGGCUGUGGUACCCAUGUUUUAUGAAAAUUGAUGGUUCCCGAGUGAGCUCCUGGGAUGUGCCGACGGUGGUUCCUGUACCUUUUGAGCAGGUGGAGGAGAAUUGGACAUGUAUCCUGCUGUGAGCACAGCAGC